AUGAAGUUAUUCUUUGUUCUAUCUCUGUAUAUUCUGGUGCUGAAGUGUGCAGCUGCAGUUAAUGAUACAGUUACCAUGAGUAUAUUAUACAGAAAUGAUAAGAAAGAGAGCAAAACAUAUUCCAUAAAAAUAGAACUAUUCCAGGAACAGUUCCCAAUGACAGUGAAGAACUUUAAAGGAUUCUGCCAAGGAAUAGAAAUACCAUACGGAGGAGGCGUGUCUACUUUCUCGUAUCUGAACACAGUCUUCCACAGAAUAAUAGAUGGCUUUGUUGUCCAAGGAGGAGAUGUCUUGUCCAUGGAUGGAAGAGGAAGUGUAAGUGCACUGCCAGAGUACAAUUGGCGAAGUUUCCCCGAUGAGAAGAAUCAAAUAGAAAUAUCUGAGGAAUAUCCAGAAAGAAAGCAUAAGAAAGGAGUAAUUGCAAUGGCAAAUAGUGGGCCAGAUUCAAAUGGAUGUCAGUGGUACAUUGUGUUAUCAGAUACUUCCUGCAGCCACUUGGAUGGAAAGCACACAGUAUUUGGAGAAGUGGUUGAAGGCAUGGAUGAUGUUAUGAAAAUGUCAGUUGACCAUGACGAGUCAGCAAAGAAAGAGGAAAGACCCAAAAUAGUGGAGAUAAAGGUGACUGAAGCAGCUAAAGGUGAGAAUAAGAUGGAUCUGUAA